AUGAUAAAGCUGGAUUUGCAAAAGGCGUAUGACACAAUUGAGUGGAGUUUUCUUGAAGAGAUGUUAGUUGGCUUGAAUUUUCCUCUAAAAUUCAUUCAACUAAUUAUGAACUGUAUUACAACUCCUAGAUUCUCAUUGAUGUUCAAUGGAACUCUUCAUGGUUUUUUCGAAGCAAAAAGGGGAAUUAGACAAGGUGAUCCGAUUUCUCCCUCGGUUUUUGUACUGGGUAUGGAAUACUUAUCGAGAUUGAUGAAGAAAGUGGGGGAAAAAGAGGGGUUUCAAUUUCAUGACAGAUGUGCUAGUUUGAAACUGAAUCACCUUGCUUUUGCUGAUGAUGUGCUAUUAUUUUGUCGUGGGGAUUUCAUGAGUAUCUUAUACAUGUUGCAGGCUCUAAAAACCUUCUCACCUACAUCUGGAUUAUAUCCAAAUGUCAGCAAAACUGCCUUAUACUGUAGUAACAUGCAGCCUAAUGAAGUCAAUCAAAUUAUGCACAUUUCAGGUUUCAUCAGACAGGAAAUGCCAUUCACUUAUCUGGGCAUACCAAUCUGUGGGAAAAAGAUUUCAGGGAAAGAAUGUGAUAUAUUAGCUGGGAGAAUGACUGCUAGAAUUAGAAGUUGGAGCUCCAUGAAUCUCUCUUUUGCUGGGAGAAUCACUCUAAUCAACUUUGUUCUCAUUGCUAUACAAGCCUACUGGAGUCAAAUAAUGAUUCUUCCAAAGAAGGUAUUGAGAUCUAUCGAAGCCAUCUGUCGGGCCUUUCUUUGGAAAGGUCAAGCUAUGUUUCAAGGUGCAGGGUAUGUUGCUUGGAAUUACAUUUGUCAACCUAAGGCAGGGGGAGGUCUAGGGAUCAAGAACUUAGAAGCUUGGAACAAGGCUGCAAUAAGUAAGUACGUAUGGGCUAUUUCAAAUAAACAAGAGAGCUUAUGGCUCAAAUGGGUCCAUAGUGUCUAUAUUAAGAAUCAGACAUGGGAGAACUACUCUCCUUCCAUACAUUCCAGUUGGUAUUGGAAGAAGAUGGUUGCCUUGAAAGAUCAAAUCCGAGAACUGGUAGACUUUGAUGCUUUUCAGCAGCAGAAAUAUAGUGUUGCAUCUGGAUACAAACUGUUUUCCCCACCAAUAACUCGGCUGGUUUGGAGAAAAGAAGCUUGGUCAAGGCUUAACACUCCAAAACAUAGUGUCAUGGCUUGGUUGGCAAUGCUAAAUAGGUUGAAGACACAAGAUAGACUGAUGCGAUUUGGCAUACAUGUUCAAGGGACCUGCUGCUUAUGUGAGCUGCAACUAGAGACCUGCCAACACUUAUUUUUUGAGUGCACUGUUGCUGAGAAAUGUUUACAAGACCUGAAGACAUGGCUGAAUUGGCAUGCCCAAACCAGUAGCCUACAACAGCUUCUCAAGUGGAUUGGGAAGUCCAAAUUGUCAAAGUUUAAGAAGGGAGUCCUCUCGGCUGCUGUUGUAGGGCUGGUGUAUAACAUUUGGAGAGCCCAAAAUGAAGUUGUUUGGCAAAAAGCUAGAGUUAACCCGACUCGUAUUGUUGAAGAAACAAAAUGGAACAUAAAGGUUCGGAUUGAUAGGGUGAUGCCUAAAAAGGUCAAGAAUAAUGAUAGAGCUUGGUUUAUUGCUUUGUAA